AUGCCUUUUCAGCUGCGCCCUGCUGUCCCAGAGGACAUCCCUGAGAUGUGCCAGGUCUACUACUCAGCCUUUGGUGACACAUCUAUCGGAAGUCGUGUCUUUACGUCCGACAUCGAAGCCUCAGAUCGCUUCUUCCAGAAGACAUUCACGGAUGACAUUGCAGACCCUCUGUGUGAAUUACUCGUCGUUACUCACAAAUCAUCCCCAGACUCAAAAGAUGAGAAGGUAGUUUCGCUAGCGAAAUGGGCACUCCCCGGUGCCCCAAUUCAAGACCCUCCACCAGCCGAGGCAUGGCCAGCAAAUGGUGAUCUCGCUGUCGAGUUCUUUGGCGCUAUGACAAGAGGCCAUCGCGGGCUCAUGGGCGAUAGACCUCAUUAUUAUCUCGAAGUCAUCUGCACGCACGAGACCUGGCAACGCAAAGGCGCAGGCACUUUACUUCUCCGCUGGGGCAUCGAGCGUGCAGACACAGACGGUCUUCCAUGUUUCCUUGAGGCUACACCCAAAGGAAAGCUGGUGUACGAGAAGCUUGGAUUCAGAGUAAAAGCUGAGGAGGAGUUUAAGUGGUCGUUCGGAACGUUUGUGGAGACUUACAUGGAGCGUGAUGCAAAGAUCGAGAAACGGACAAUGACGCGGCCGAAAUCCAAGGAAUUCGCGUAG